AUGGAGCGCGGCGCGGCGGCGCUGAUCCGCGAGGGCUGGUUCCGCGAGACGUGCCGGUUGUGGCCCGGCCAGGCCAUGUCGCUGCAGGUGGAGGAGCUCCUGCACCACCAGCGCUCCCGCUACCAGGAGAUCCUCGUCUUCCGCAGCACCACGUACGGAAACGUCCUGGUCCUGGACGGGGUGAUCCAGUGCACGGAGCGGGACGAGUUCUCCUACCAGGAAAUGAUCGCCAACCUGCCCCUCUGCAGCCACCCCGACCCCCGCAAGGUGCUGAUCAUCGGCGGCGGCGACGGGGGAGUGCUGCGAGAGGUGGUCAAACACCCGACCGUGGAGUCCGUGGUGCAGUGCGAGAUCGAUGAGGAUGUGAUCCAGGUAUCUAAAAAAUACCUCCCAGGGAUGGCAGUGGGGUAUUCCAGUGCUAAGCUGACGUUGCAUGUGGGAGAUGGUUUUGAGUUCAUGAAACAAAAUCAAGAAGCCUUUGAUGUGAUUAUCACGGACUCGUCUGACCCCAUGGGUCCUGCAGAAAGUUUGUUCAAAGAAUCUUAUUACCAGCUGAUGAAGACGGCCCUGCGAGAAGAUGGGAUUCUCUGCUGCCAAGGUGAGUGCCAGUGGCUGCACCUGGAUCUCAUUAAGGAGAUGCGUCAGUUCUGCAAGUCUCUGUUCCCGGUUGUGGAAUAUGCCUAUUGCACCAUCCCCACGUAUCCCAGCGGGCAGAUUGGCUUCAUGCUCUGCAGCAAGAACCCGAACACAAAUUUCCGGGAGCCUGUGCAGCAGCUCUCGCAGCAGCAAGUAGAGGAGAGGAGUCUGAAAUACUACAACUCUGAUAUUCACCGGGCAGCAUUCAUUCUGCCAGAGUUUGCACGGAAGGCCCUGAGUGAUGUGUGAGACCCAGACGCCGCUUCCUUCCUCCAAGUUGGACUCUGAGAUCAUCAGUGAUGUGGCUGGGAUCUUCUCAGCAGACUGCAGAUUUGCUCUCCACUGUGUGGGAUUGUUUAACCCUUGGCCAGCCAACAUUCCCUCUGAUGUGUUAAAGAUGAUGGGGCAUAAGCCAGAUAAGACUAUUGAAAAGGUCAAGUGACUUAUUGUGUGAGGUCAAAACUGUUCUUUCCAGUGCUGGAAAUGUAAGAUGUCUUUUUCCUUCCUCUCCUCCCUGCACCGGUUCUAAA